AUGAUAUACAGAAAGCAUUACAUUCCACUGGAAUCUGAUCCUAACAUAUUCACAUCCCUGAUGCACAAAUUAGGUGUUAAUCCUACUCUCAAGUUUGUCGAUGUUUGGUCGCUUGAGCAAGAUGAAAUCCAAAAUCUCCCAGGUGCUGUUCAAGCCUUAAUCCUGAUCUUACCAGCUUGUCCAGCGUAUGAAGAGCAGGGAGUCAAGUGCCAAAGCUUGAAAAGUGACGAAAACGAAGAAGUUGUGUGGUUCAGGCAAACCAUCAACAAUGCAUUAGGACAGAAGAUCAUUCUAGACUCAGGGCUUCAACUGACACCAAUCAUAGAUGCUGGGUCCUUCCUUGACCGUCUGAUGGCAGCCGAAAACCGUACUGAGUACCUCGAAAAUUCAGAAUAUUUGGAUGCAGUCUACCAGCAGGCUGCUACCAGUGGGUCAUCCGAGGCCCCUCCUGCAGAAGCCGAAAUAGACCAUCACUAUGUGUGUUUAGUGAAACGUUCAUGCUUCUUAUACGAGCUGGAUGGCGAUAGAGAAGGGCCCAUAUGCAGAAAUGUCCUAGCACAGGACGAAGAUGUUCUGUCAAAGAAGGGCCGCGAGAUUAUUCAAAUGUACACCCAAAGCGAUUUGGAAGGGUCUUUCAGUCUCCUAGCUUUGAUUGAUUCUAGCUAG